UAAGGGAAGCAACCAGUGUCGUGGUCAUAUGACGAGAAGAUGGCGAGGACUCGAGGGACUAUCAGCAGUGUUUUGUUUUUUCAGUUUUCUGAUUACGGCGAGGUGAUGUAGACGUGUGAUGCCGCAGCGUAAAAAUGAAAAUUGUGGCGAUUUCUUGUUUUGUUAUUUAUCUUUGUGUGGUAGUUGUGACCAAUAACUCUGCCUUUUCUACAUCUGAAGUUCUUUGGUAUAAUGCGGAUUGCAAUGGAACUGUCUAUGAAAACUGUUCAGCUUGUGAAAAUGGAACAUUUUCAGACAACAGCACUUUUGACUGUGGAUGCUGCAGUGGACAAGGCCAGUGCCUGACAAAACACAACUGCACCAGCUGCCCUGCUGGAGAGAAGCAGCCAAAUAGUGGACAAUCACAGUGCAUCAGCUGUGAUCAAGGCACAUCUACAAAUGGGCAGAAUGGCAGUGCUGAAUGUGAAGAGUGCAAACCUGGGACAUAUGCUGAUGUCUCUGGUCUUCCAUUUUGCAAAGAAUGUGAGCAAGGACAUUAUUCCAACAAGUCAGCAGCCAUAAAAUGUGAGCAAUGUGGUCUUGGCUUCUACCAGAACUUAACAGGUCAAGUUUUUUGUGAUGCUUGUGAGCCAGGUAGCUUCCAGAACAACACUGGUCAAGCUUUUUGCUUCCUGUGUAAUAAAGGAUAUCACCAGAGUGAGCCUCAGUCAACUAAAUGUUUACCAUGUCAACCUGGUUCUUUUGCUUAUGAGGAAGGGUCACACAACUGCACCUUAUGUGAACCUGGAUUUCAUUGCAACAACUUUAUGUGUGAAAACUGCAGUGAGUGUACAGAAGGUACAUUUGCACCUGACAUGGGUACUCAUAUGUGUUUUUCUUGUCAGUCUGGAUAUUUUCAAAACAUGACUGGACAAACUUCUUGCAAUCCAUGUGAUUAUGGACAGCAUUGUAGUGAAAUGGGCUGUAAGCAGUGUGAACUUUGUAAACCUGGUUCUUUUGCCAACACAACGGGUGCCUCAUUUUGUAUCAACUGUACAGUUGGAUCAUUUCAAAAUCGGACAGGAGAAACGGGCUGCCAUCCCUGUGAAGCAGGUUUUGAAGCAAAGACUGAGGGCUCAAAGAACUGCACAGGUUGUGUAAAGGGUUUUUACAAGCCUUUCACCUCCCUUGAGCUCUGCUCCCAAUGUGCACCAGGUAACUAUUCAGAUACAGAGAAUGCUACAGAGUGUAAGAUAUGUAAGAAAGGAACCUACCAGGAUAAGUAUGGCCAGUAUCAGUGUUUGCCGUGCGAUGUCGGCACAUAUUGUGAAAAUGAUGGAUGCACUACCUGCAUCGGGUGUCCUGCUGGAAUGGAGGCACAGCAUGCAGGCGCUGUCAACUGUACUUACUGUGUCCCAGGGGACUUCAAGAAAGAUCAAGGUCCAUUCUUAUGUCAGUCUUGUCCUCCUGGUUGGUAUUUUACUUCUGAAGGAGCCAUAGAGUGUAUACAGUGUCCCAAAAACUUCUACUGUCCACAAACAGACAACAGUCCCCUGCCAUGCGUGGCCAACAGUUACUGUCCUGCCGGCUCAACAGCUCCUCAGCAGUGUUCGGCCCCAUUCUACCAGAUUGAUUCAGAGUCUGCAUCAUGUGUCCCAACAGCAGAAUUGAUUGCAUUAAUAUGUGGCUUAGCUGGAGUAUUUGUGGUGUUCGGCACCAUUGCAACAAUCAGUUUUGUGAGAAGAUGGAGGCAAAAUAAAGCAGUAGUAAUACCAGAUCCACCAGUGACCGAUGAAAGUCAUCUUAUUCCAACAGACAAACAAGAAGGACAGACAGCAUAUUAUAGUGGUUUAUAAACUUUUCCACUUCUGUGCUGCACGACCAAAAGUACACAAUGGUCUUUUUCCUAAUUUCUUGUAACUAUCUGUUGUGUACAAGAAGAUCCUGAUGUUUUUGCUAAGGAGCCUAGGAAAGACAUUUAUGUGAAUGGACAUAAUAGUCAAAUCACCAGUCUUCCCAAAAAUUUCAUUAGACAGAUGUUCCUAAACUCUGUAAACAGCUGUUAGGUCUUUAGUGACUACUCACGUCCUCCUGCUGACUCGCUAGGGAAGUGUGAGAUUUUGUGUUUCUUGGUCGCUGAUGUACUUUUACCUAUCUCUAUAGAAAAUUGGGCAGAAUAUGAGCAUAAAGUGAAGAUCUUUCUCACAGAAUAUUGUGCUGCAGUCACUCCUUUAAAAGGCUACAUUAUAUUUUCUUCUCAAUAUAAAAUGUGCAGCUGCUGCUAAUAACCUCACUGGUGAAUGCUAACACAAAGGUGGCUAGGCUUGAACAUGGCUGGAUUUGCUGAUAUUUGGGCAACGAUCUACCAGUCCUGUACCAGUGACCAUUCAGGCACAUUCCUGUUUGACAAAUUAGUAAUGCCUUGUGUCUUUCAUGGUGAUUGUGAUGCUUUUAUGCUGCAAGGGAAGUAGAUUUGAUUAGCAGAUGGUGCUAAUAUGAGUUGUUGUAUGGAACGUUUCUACACAUGAACUCGUAGACACAUUCUUAAUUCACUCUUACACUGUUGGCCUUUAUUUGUGUUUUGUUUCCCUUAGCUGUGUCUCUUGCCCUCUGUGUAUAAAUCUACAGGCUACAGGGAACAUAAUUUCUGUUCUUUACUGAUGCGUAUAUUGUAAUCUGAACAUUAUUGUUACAUUUUAAGACUAUUUAUUCAUGCUUAUUCCAAUAAUUUAGACAAAUUUUCUUUCCAUUUUAUGGCAUCCAGAACAAUCCAGAUAUUACACAUAUGCUGGUUCAGUUCAGCAUUAUUUUUAUUUCCUCCUCUUAGAGACAUAACUGUAAGUAGCGUGAAUACUUGAAAAAUAUUUUAAAAGAUCAUAUAUAUAUAUAUUAUUUACACAGGAGGAUUCUUCAAGCAUCAGUCCAGAAUGAAAUGGCAGACAUUUGAUGAUAGUGGAGAUUGCUGGGAGGGGGCAUUCUGUUGAGCAUUGAGUGAACUUGUUGCAGAUGAGAAUAAUUGAUUCAAUGUACCUCUCACUUUUUCUACAUUUGUUGUUACGCUAGCUUAAGCUAUUGACUCAUGUCGUCAUGUGACCUUUGGUCACUUCUCCAUUGAUGCAAUAACAGUCAGAAUUAUGCAGUAAAUACUCAGGGCACAGUGGGUUAUGCAGUCUGUAUACUGAUUACAAAGCAAAGAUCAACUGCAUUUUCAAGGUGAAAAUCAACACAAAAUAAAUACAUGAGUAACACAAAUAAUCUAGUAAAAAAGUUUAUUGUUGUUGAAGUAAUCAAAUGUGUUUUCUUUGCCAGAUAUACAGAAUCAAACUUUUAAGUUCUCAGUUUGUGCAUUCUCCUAGAUAUGUACCAGUAGCACCAUGCAUGCUGUCUUGGAAAAAAAAAAUAGGAUUAACUUAAUCCUGACACCAUAUGAGAAAUACUUCUCAAGGUACGUAACUCUACAGAGAAGUUAUUUCCUAUUUUGAAUGCAGUCAGUCAUUCUGUAGAACAAAAGGUUUUUGGAGUAGAAAAUUUUCAAAAGAGUAAGUCCAGUUAUUGAUCAUCAGCAAAGCACUCAGGCGCUGUUGAAAGUGGCAUUUCAGUGUGUCAAGAUUUAGUUUGCAUUUUCUCAUGCUAGGAUGAGAACACUAUCCUUUCAUUGUUGUGGUGCAUUGUGUGUUCUAUUUAGGCUGCUGCAAUCAUAAAUAAUAUAAAAUCAACUAUGUUGAUGUCAAGAGGCAGUAUGUCUAUGCGGCCAAGCUCCUGAAUACAAGGUAUAAACCAGGGGUACCCGCUGGCCACAUCUGGCCCGUGAAGGUGCUUCAUCUAGCCCGCUCAUUUUAACCACACAACAUAAUUUCAUUUUUAACAUCAUGAUUCUGGCAAAACCACCAUGUUCUCCCCCAUGAGAUUUUAUAUUAUGUCCAGUGCGUCCAUCGGGUAAGAAAAGUUUGGGCGUAAGCGAUUUAAAGUUGAUUAUGACACAGAGUUUGCUAUUUUUCUGUUGUGAGAUCCUAUGUAGCAGUUUCUGUGAAAUAAUUGUUAUAUAAUGCCUGUUAGUGAAUGAUAAACAAAUGAUUGGUAUUUAUUCAAAUUUUACAGCCAUUGUUGCUUUGUCGGUCAAUAAAGACCAAUUUGGUCAGAAAUACCAAUUUUACCUCUGUUUAUCAAGAAGGAUAAGUCAAGGUUCUACCUAUAUUUUUCAGGGUAAUAAAUCAGGGUCAGUCUCGUUUCUUGAUGACAGCUAAAAGAAAAUUUUAAUUAAAUGAUGAAAAAAACCUCUCAGGACUUACGAUGUUCAGUUGUUGAAUGUCAGGUAAGGAAACAUUACUGUGGUGUUAAAAAUAGAGUGUUGGAAGUGUAAUAGUGUGUGUGUGGUUGGUAAAGACAAGUUGUUAGAUGUAUUCAUCAGAGCAAGAUACUAUAAUUAAGAUUACUGUGAACAUUUGUGAAACUUUAAAAAUGUUCUUUCUUUUGACAUUGGCCAGGGCUUUGUGCAUUUCAUUUCAUUGUUAAAAAUGUCAACACAUUGUUUGGUUUACAUAUGAAAAUUAGUUAACAGUAAAACUAGAGUUUCUCACUGUUUUCUGAUAUUUUAUGAGAUUUCUGCUGCUGUUUGGUUGCAUACUGAGUAAACAUUGGAGUGAAAUGGUUAUAGGUAAAGUUAAAAACCUUAUGUAAUAUGAUACCAGAUUUGUUUGACUCCAGGCUGCAUGAAAAUGGGAAAGCUGUUAUUUUUGUCUCUUACACUUGUUCAGAUCAACUCCAUCAUGCAUGAGUAAAGCUCAUUUUCUAUGCCAUUCGUUAUUUCCUUUGAAUAUGACAAUUCAAUUUAAAAGCUUCCCUACAAAAAAAAGCAUGAGAUACAAGAUAUAUAAAAGAAUUUAGUAAAAAUUUAUUUCUGGCAGAGUUUAAGUGUGUACAAAAUACUCCAACAUGGCCAUACUCAUAGUGUGAUGCACUUUGCUAGCCAGUGCAAUGUAAACCAUAAUUAGGAGAAUUACGAGCCUUUUCAAACUUUUUUGGGGGAUGGAGGUAAAAUGUGAAACCUAUUUGAUGCAAAAUUGUGCAGAUGGCUCACUAAACAUGAGUAGAUGAUAGUCUGAUUAUAUGUUAUACAUAUUGGCUUCAGUUUACAAGAAACAUUUGAGUUUAGACGGCAGCUGGAGAAAUGUGCAUUUCAAAAAUAUGCCUUUCAGCAAAAAUGUAUAAUUAGGAAGAUAUAUAUACACACACACAUAUAAAUUUAAAGAGAGCAACAUAAAAAAAAAAACAAGAAAUGAUGGGUUUUACUUAAAGAAAACGUGACAUUUUAAAAAAGUAAAUGAUAUGUUUUUUCUGUAUUUAACUCUUUUGUUACUGAAAGGUUCUUCAAAAUUUCUAAACUGUCAUGCUUUAUCAUGUGCCAUAUUGAAACAUAUGAUGCAGCUGUCUGUAAACAGCCAUAUAAAUAAUGUUUUAUUGAUUUCUUUAAUGUCAGUAUUGAUGUGGGGUUUCUUAGUUCUUCCUACUUAGGGUGUUGGCAACUUUUAAUAUUUUUUUUUAUCCUUCCUCAUAAACACGAUAUGAUGGCUUUGCCACUCAGAUAUUACUUUUGGUUUUUUUUUUACAUACUUUGUAAUAUAAACUUUGCGAUCAGUUGAUUAGAUGUUCUUGCAAGAAAGAAAAAAAAUUUUCUGUGAUAUCAUUUUCUGCAGAAGAUCAUAGCGGUGUUUUGACAAUUCAUAAAGCACCAGAUCAAUAGGCAAAAUAGAAAAUAUGGAUUUGUGACUCGUAAAGGUUGAUGACAAGUUGAACAUCUUGAAAGUAUUAUAUUGGUGGAUUUUUGAUUCCUUUCUAAUUAGAUUGUAAACUCAUAUUUUUUUCAAAGAGGCAUUAUGCAGAUUACUCUAUCUGCAGCAAUAAAAAAAAACUCACACCUAUUAAGUCCAUCCUAUGACUAGAACUGUGAUGUGGAUUGGAGCAUUUACAGCCUGAAUUACAGUUUUUCAAAUGAAUUGAGCAAGCUGCAUAUCUUUCAUCAUUCCCAUAUGACAUUCUAUAGACAACACAUUUGCAUGUUAUAUUGCAUUAUCUCUGUGUGUGUCAUUGUAAACCAUCAGUUUACUCACAGACCAGGAUAUGACACUAUGUAAGUUACCUUUACAAUAUUCUUAGGGCAUUUCAGUUUUAUUGCCUGGUAAAAGGGUUAGCUGCAUUGGGUUAAUUGUAAGAAUCACUUUUUUGUGCACACCAACUGAUGUUCAACAAAUCAGCAUUUUUGACAUGGUUGAUAUUGCAGAACGAGAUACAGCAAAUGUUUAAAAGCAGGCUUUAGGACCUCACUUGUAAGCUGUAUUUUCAUCAACAUCUAUCAGGUAUCAGGCACUUUUUACUGAAGAUGCAGAAAAGACCCUGACAAUAAUGAAAGAUAGUUCACUUUUGUUUUGAGUUGUUAAAAUUAUGUCUGUUGCUACUCUUUUACUGUUAUAUGCACAUGAUCCUCAGAUUGUAUUUAGCCAUUUCCUCUGGUUGGGCAUGAGGUAUUUUCCUGUCUCGGGCAUCUGUGAUGAAACAGUGACCCUCUGUUCCAGAGUGAAAAGUACUUAUCACCAGGUUACCAUGCAUUUUCAAAGUUCUGUGAUGAUACCUGUGGCAGAUUUCACUUCAUGAAGAAGGCAUUGUAUGUGGGACCAAGAUCAUUUAAGUGUCUUCUUCAAAACAUUUUAUUUACUUAUAUUUUAUAAAAACAUAGAUAGAAGGUGAGGUUGUCACUCUGGUAACUGCAUGUAUUGUCAAGAAUUCUUCUAAAUGGCAUAUCUAUACUUUCCUCUGACAAGAUUGUGUGAAUUGCUUAGUACAUGAGACAUUUUCCUUUAUGUACCACAAUUUGAGCAUGAGCUGUUAAAGUCUGUUAAAAAGGGUGCAAGUGAGUUUAUGGAAUGUUGAAUGUACAAUUCAAGAGAAAGGAAUUGUCUUUUAUUGUUUAGUUGAAUCUAAAAAAAAACAAAUUUUAUCAAUUAGAUCAGGCGUUAAACUUUGUCCACCAAUAUAGUGUUAGUUUUGGAUCAGCAAUAUCUGUAAUCAACAUCAAUAUCAGUGUAAAAGAUAAAAUUACCUUAUGAUGAUGACGUGAGGAAUAAAAAUAAUACUCAUUUUAGAUCAUCAAAAAUGUGCUUGGGAAAAAUUGAAUUUUAUACACAGAAAAGUACACAUUUGCACAUUUUGGUGUGGUUGACUAAUUCAAAUUUUGCGUUUAUUAUUAUUAUUUAAAUGAUAUUGUUUUAUUGUACUUUAAUGUCAUAUGCUUGUUAUAUCAUAUUUAUUGAGGUUUUAUAAAACUGCAUUGUAAUUUUCCUAUUAAAACCAUUUCUAUUGUCA